AUGGUAACGGAAUUCUUCUACCCUCGAUGUGGAGGCGUGGAGAUGCAUGUAUUUUCAAUCAGCCAAGCGUUGUUGAAGCAAGGCUGUCAUGUUAUCGUCAUUACACGAGGCGACGAACACCACCAAGGGAUUGAAUAUUUCAACAAACAGCUCAAAGUGUAUUAUUUGCCUCUUGAAGAAAUGGCUUUGGGAUCCAUUUAUCCUUAUUGUUUUCUGUUGAUUCCCUUUCUUCGUCACAUCCUCAUUUCUGAACAAAUCCAAGUCGUCCAUUACCACCAAUACACCAGCGGAAUGUUUCACACAUCGGUCAGGGAAGUGGAGCUAUUGGGGAUACGCACAGUGUACACGGAUCAUUCCUUAAUGAAUACAAACCAGCUGGAUGGAAUAGCAAUCAACAAAGUGCUCCAAUGCUCCUGUUCAAAUGUGAAUGCGUUGAUUUGCGUUUCCAAAGCGGAUCGCUCCAAUCUCUGCGAAAGACUCGAAGUAUCUUCUAUUCCCCACAACCUCUAUGUUCUUCCAAAUGGAGUAAAUGCGAAGGAUUUCCAACACGAUUUUUCAAACCAUCCUCUCUCGAUUCGGAUUCGAAAUCAAUUUGGAAAUGGCCAGUAUGUUACGAUUGCUGUACUAAGUCGAUUGGUGUAUCGAAAAGGAGUGUUUCUGUUAAAAGAACUGAUUGAUCGAGUGCUCUCAAACUACGAUUCUGUGAAUUAUGUGAUUGCUGGAGGUGGAAAGCAAGAAUGCAUUAUAAGGGAACGAGCGGAUUACUGGAAUGCAGUGUGUAAGCAAACGCGUGUUUUCCUAUUAGGGACAAUAGAGCACGAUCUGGUAGCUCCCUUUUUGGUUUCGUGCGGAGAUAUCUUUCUAUCUUGUUCUCUUACAGAGUCGUUCAAUAUCACUCUUUUAGAAGCGUUUGUAUCGGGUUGCAAACUUGUAUCAACGAAUGUGGGAGGGGUUCCUGAGCUCUUUCCUUCCAACUGUAUUACUCUCAAAAGCCCGACAGUGAACUCACUCUUUGAGGGUAUUCAAGAAGCACUCGUUGAAAUCGAUUUCAAGCAUGUUGCUCAUCCUCGAGUGUUGGACGAGGUAGACAAAGCGAUUCUCGACUCGUUUGAAUACAAUCGCCCUUGUUGA